UUUUUCCUGCUGCAUCAGGCCUUCACACUUCUUUACAAUAUUAAUGUCUUGAAAUUCCAUAUGUAUGAGAUUUUGCAAACCUUUUUCACUCUGUCCUGUCUCUCUGUAGAGCAUGAUGCAGCUUUUGUGCAGCUUUCUAGGAUCUACAGCAUAAGUUCAUUGCAGUGAUUAAAGCGCUAAGUCUUGCUCAGAGAUUGAUUAGCCUCGGUAGCGUGCCCAGGGACAGCGCAUUAUACCAUAAAAAGGCUCUGAACCAGGAGAACAUGGAUUAGAAUGGAUCAAUACUAACAGAGAUAAACAUACUUAAGAAUAAAACAUCAACUUCCAGCAUGUGGCAUCCAUGAAAAUCACGGAAGAUUGUUCAGGGACCGUGUAUGAAUCUUGCGGUUUAUGAAAUAAUAUCAAUUUCUCCCCAUUUGCACCUAGAAUAACAACAAUGCAGACUCAGAAGAGUAAAAAAAAAAACCUCAGGGAAAAUGACCUUCCGGGGAGUCUUUUACAACAUCUCAGUGGGCUGCACGCCUACAGUGCUGGGUUCAAGGUCAGAAUAAUUUAAGAGGAAAUGACAAGUGUGAAGCAGCCCCUAAAGUGAUCAUUAGGGGGGAAAGAAAGGAAGGAAACACAUUCUUUGUCAACCCAGAGGAGAUAACAGAGGUGAAAGAGGAGUUCUGUGUCUCUGGAGGGAGGGAUGCUGUCACACAGUGGGCUUUAAAGUGUUUGUUUAUCCUUAGUAAAUACACAUCAGAUUUCAGCUUCAUGCAGCCAGACUGUAAGAUCAUGGUUUCUGGCAAGGCUUAAUAUGACAAAUUAGCAUAUAAAGCAGUGAAUUGAAAAAUUACUGCAUGUUGAACUCUGCAUCUUUGUCUGCUUUUCAUGUAUUUGGGGUUUUUUUCUCCAAAAAAAGAGAGAAAGUUUUAGACAACGCCUCCUUUUACUGAUGCAUUAUGGGUUGAUCAUCAAGCUAAAUUUAGGUAAUUUUGUGCAAAUGGAAAAUUUAGAUUAAAAAAAGGAAAAAUUCUAUUUGUGCCUAAAGAAAGGUAUAAGUAAGUCAAAGAAUUAAUUUCUACUAUUAUUUACUCAGUAUAAUUUAAUUCAAUUUAAUUUUCAAGCAACAAAUGUUUUUAUGUUUUUUCUUUUAGUUACCAAACCGAUACACUGUAAGACCAAACAACAAAUUACCUUAACAUAUGAGUAUUUUUAACUUAUUUAAUUUGAAUUCACUACAGAAAUGAUAUAUUCUAAUGUAUACCAAAACUGUAAUGUGCUAUUAAACUAUCAACUCCAUAUUAAAUUUCACUAUACUGAUUAAAUCCAUUACAUUUAGAAACAUGGACCUAACUUGAAAACUCUUUCAAGUUCUGCUUUUGAGUUUGAGUUCUGCUUAAUACAGUAUAUCAGUUACUGAGUCCACAUAACGUUUUUCUAUUAAGUGCAGUGACCUUUAGGUAAUUUUUGAGUGAAAUGAAGCUGCUUGAUUUAAUUAAUUUGACUUUCAGGUUUUACAUAAUGAAAGUUCAUACUGUAUUAAUAUUCACUGUAAUUAUGCUCCAAAUGGAACAAAUACUUUCAUACUUUGUUCCUCACACACUUUAUGGUGCUGAAAGACUUAAAAUAAUAGCGCAGAAGUUAUAUGGACCGCUUUUAUUGUUCUUUUUGACCGCUUGACAGACCCAUUCAUUAUGAAAAGAAAUAUCAGAAAAGACUUUAAAAAAUUCCUUUUGUUCUGCCUUAAACUUCACAUUGGUUUAGAACUACACAAGGUGAGUAAAUGAUGACAGAAGUUUGGGUUCUCAUAUUUUUUUUUUUCUAUCUCCGUGGAUAAUUUAGACGUGGCCUGUCGGCGGGAGUCUGACUGAACCGUAAGGUCGUCUGUCUGCAGCUAUACGCUCUGGAAGAGUGUCCUGAAUGAAUCACCAUGUGAGCUGAACACAAAUGGGCUUUUACAGAGUGGCUUUAAAAAAAUGAACCUGUGAGAGAAUCAUGAUGAAAGAUCUUCAAACCUUUCUCAUGAUGUGCAACAUUUUUCAGACUGAGAGUAGAAAGUGCUGAUGACUUCCCUCUGUUUUUCUCUUUUUGUUCCUGAGCUUUAAAUAACAGCUCUUUACAAAGAGGUACGUGUAUGGCUGCAGAGAGAGGGGUUGGGGGUCUUGUUGCCUGGACAACGGCAUUUGAGGAAACGUCAGUCGUCAUUUUGGAGUGAUUAUACUCCUGCUGAUCGUCAGUUAGAUGCUGUGGUGGUUGGAGGAAGAAAGUGAGGCUGAGAAUCUGUCUUCUGUUGCAUGGACAAAGUGCUGCCCUGUUUAGAUGUUUACCUGUUUGUGGAGAAGCUGGGAUAGUUACAUAAGUUCAUGUGAACUUGGGAAAGCUGCUUGGGAAUAAUUUAGUAAAUAAAUUUAGUAAUAACAGAAUAGCCACACUUUUGCAAUACUGUCCUUUUAAAAUGAACUAAUCAGCUAAUAUAUACGUGACCCUGGACCACGAAGCCAGUUAUGAGGGUAAUUUGACAUCAUUUAUACAUCAAUAAGUAAGCUUUCCAUUGAUGUUUGUUAGGAAAAGACAAUAUUUGGCUGAAACACAAUUAUUUAAAAAUCUCUGAUGGUGCAAAAAAAUGUAUAUAUGUAAAAUGUAUAUAAAGUGCAACAUGUAACAUUCUUGCCCUACCUCCCCAAUGUCUUUCACUGGUUUGUCUUUAUUCUGAGCAAUUGUUUAUAUCCCCCUGUCAAAUGUUUAAUAAAAUUAUUAAUGCUACAAUUUAAUUUAAUUUAAUUUAAUUUAAUUUAAUUUAAUUUAAUUUAAUUUAAUUUAAUUUAAUUUAAUUUAAUUUAAUUUAAUUUAAUUUAAUUUAAUUUAAUUUAUCUGCUCCACACAGGAAAAAAAAUAUAAAACAUAAUACAGCACUUAAACAAGGUCAGAAAAAUAAGUACUAAAUUAAACAUCAAAAAGAACUGUCAAAAUAUUUGUCUGUAAAAUAAAUGAGUGCAGAUGUUCUCUUUACUUAUGUGAUGUGUUUAAAGCACUCUGUGAAGAUGUUGUUCUCAUUAAAGUUUUAUGUGCUGCCUAGACAGAAUUUACCAGAAGCAUCCCAGGUUCUGUCAGGUCCUUGAGAGCUUUGCUCAGAUAAGGCUUCUAAAAUAUUAUAAUAAAUAAAUAAAUAAAUAAAUAAGAGCUGUAAACACAAUAUUCUGCUUGCUAGUAAUUUGAGUGUCUGAGAGCAACAUAUUAGCGUAUAACUAAAGGCUCUAAGAUUUGAAAAGCACACUUUCUGAGUUUAGAAUAUUUUUUGUUGUUCUCAGGACCUCCUUAAAUCCUGAUCUGACCUGUACAUAAUUCUGAUUCACUGCUUGUAGUUUCAGUGCAUCAAUUUCUUAGUCUGUCUUUGGCUAGUCCAAAAAAGUAUUUUAUAUUUUAACAGAGUGUCCCAUAAUCAAUGUGUGUAGCAUCUGAAAAGAAUAUCCAAUGCGUGAGAUCAAUUUAUCAAACAAUGUUCUGACAGAAAGAGGUUUGUUGUGACACCGAAAGGCAUCUGGCAGUGCUGAUACUCCCACAGGCCCUGUUCCUCCGGCUGCGCUGAGGCUGCUCUGCCAGACUCUCUGUGAACAUUUGAGAACGAAUAAAAUCAGCAAUGGCAAAAAAACGGAACUUUAUGACUGGCACAUUCUCUUAGAGAUCAAAAAGUCCAUCUGACAGUAUUCUUGUAGUUUAACUAAGUUUGUGUAUUGAUUGAGCAAAGAGAUGUAGUGCUAGCACAUGGAAUGGCACAAAUAGUGAUAGUUUUCAAACAAGUUUCAAGAAAACUUUCUACCACUGUCAUUUGCCAGAUAAACAGAUAGUCCCGCCCCAAACUCAUGCCAUUGGUUGACUCAAACACUCAAAGCGAUGUUAUGAAAGCACCGUAGUGUAACACUUUCCAGAGAAACCAGUAUUAUUUCCAUACUAUUAUUGCAUUUACAUUUUGAAUUUGCAUUUAUUUUUACAUUUUUUGGUUUUUCUUUCUGAAUGUGCUUAUACUUUUAUAUUUUUAAGAAAAUAUUUUGAUUAAAUACUUCAGAUUCUUCUUUUGACCAGUGGCUGGAUUCUGAAAGUUAUCUUUUUUAGGUUCAUAAAAUAAAAUAAAAUGAUUACAGUUAUUACAAAGACAAAUAUAUGUCUUUUUAUAUUUUCUGACAAAAAUUUGUCUUUAUAUAUACACAUGCACAGAAAGUAUACAGCUGCCUUUAUAUUUUAUUAAAAGGUCCCUCACAAAGGGAUCAUAUGUGAGCAUCAAAAAAGUUAGAAAACCUCUGCUUACAAAUAUGACUAACAUAGAUUGCCUGAGGUUUAUAUGACACAACAAAAUGUUUCAAUAACAGAUUUAUAUUUUUAUCCUUCUGUCUUUCUGAUGGGGAGUUUAUAGUAUCCGUUGCUUCCCUUAGGAAUCACAUCCCUUAAAGAUGUUGCAUUGUAUAUUUCUCAAAUACCUACUCGGCCUCUUACUUCAGUGAGAAACUCCGCAGUCAGAAUUACAUAAUCUCUGAUGUGGUCCUGACCUACAUAAACAAGCCCUCAAAAUGUCCUUCAAGCCUCUUCUAUACUCCAUGAGUUCUCCAAACAGCGCAUCAAAAGAAAUCGUUCCCUCGCUCCUCAGAAUAACAUUUGUCUUUGUAGGAUUACUGUUCCAUCAUCCUUCCAUCCUCUAUCGGAGCAUCGCUUGCUCUCUCUUGUGGGUUAAUCUGUUUGCUCUGUGUCUUGGGACAGAUUCUCUGUGUCUUGAAGAGCUGGGAGCCGAGCAGGGUCUGGUGUGGAGGUGAUAACUCUAAAAGGAUUAACUUCACAGAGAGAGAGAGAAGAAAGAGAGACAGAGAGACAGCCACAGAGAGUGGGAGAGUCAAAAACAGUUGGGAGAAUCGGCCUGAGAGAAUAAAACUGGCAGUGUUAGAGCAAGUCAAGGACAGUCUGGCUAGUAACUGGGCUGCUCAAAUAUACACAAACACAGUAUUAUCAGAGUUAAUUGCAGCUUUCUGUGUGCCAGAGCACAUGUGCCCUCUCUUUAACAUGGAAAGACCCCAUUUAAUACCAGUCUAGCGCUUUUUUUGACUGGCGUAUACAACAUUGAAGAUGUUGCCAUUUCAUUCCUGAAGUAUCAUGGUUUUUCUAAAUGACAUUUCUUCUUCUCUUGAAUGAAAUUCAUUAGUUAUACAAAUAGAAGUAAUUGUAUAAAAACAUAUCCAUUCGCCUUUUGUUUUUCAUUGACACCUUUUUUAUCUUUUUCUUCUAGUUGUUCCAGAAUUACUAGUUCAUGUUAACUAGAGUUAUGUCUGUGAAAUAAUGCCUCUGCAUAUUACUUCUGUUUGACUCUAAAAAACAAACAAAACAUGGAAGAAUGAAGCAAUGGGAUCUUUCGAUUCUUUGUUUGGUCACUUUGAUGUCUUAAACUGUUUUGACAAAAGUUUUAAAAGCAUUUGGUCGAUGGUCACUUAAAGUAGUCAGCCUCAGAGCGUUUGUUUAAUAUCUGACGCAUAUGUCACAAAAAAAAGCACUUCAGGAGUUUUGAAAUCGGUAUCAGACUGGUUGAAUUAUACAGGACUUCUGAGAGACGUGCAUGCAGCGUUUUUAAACGUUCUGCCUGGAAAAAAGAUGCCAUGAUACCAAACCUUCUCAUGGAAGGAGAUACAAUUGUUUGUAGUUUCAUGCAUUGCCUUUAAAUAGUUAUAGAUAGUUAGUUGUAUACGUGCAUACGUUGCUGACGUGAAGCAAUACACACUUAACAGAUAUCAUUUGCCUUUAUUGUACCAUCAGAAUGAUUUUGAAACUGAUAUUUUAAUUAAAUAACCAACAAAAAGCCCUUGCAUACGGUUGCUUUAAAGUUGCAGUGUGUAAUAUAAUUGCAAUAUAACAUAUGUAACUGUUUUAAGAUCUCCAUUCAUUGCUGGACAUCCCCGCUGUCUCAGACUAUGACAUUUUAAUCCUGUAACUGCCACCUUAGCUUCUCUAAAGGGAAGGGUGAACAGGGGAAUGAGACUUUGGCAGCAAUUCAAGUUGUGGAGUGAACUUCCCUAUUCUCAUGAGAUUAGAAUGAUCAUUAGGACUUUACUUAAAGUCUGUAAACUUUAUGGUUUAUAGUUAUCUUGUGUGUAAAUUGGACUUAAGUAUAUUAGGUACUUGGAAAGAAUAAGGUGCAAUGAGAAACAGACCUCAAGCCACAUCGGAAGUCUGACUGCGUGAGACGAAGGUCAACUUGUUUCAGACUGGGUGGUUGAAAGUGCCCUAAAUGGUGCUUCUUAAAAGGUUGUUUAUUGAAUGUAUAGAUCCAAUGAAUUUUUCUGCUGUUUCUGUUUCUUGAGAGUCAGGUUUGCUGUACAGCAAGUAAGAGAACAAGAGGUCAAAAAGAUCCUUUCUAUGCAGACUGGGGCCCUUUUAGUUCUACUGCCUACUGAUUAACAAAAUAAAUACCCUGGAUGCAUCUCAUUUGGACAGAUUAGCACAGUAAUUAAAGCGAUUUGGAACAGAAAAUUAAGCUUUGUUUGUUCCAUCCGAGGUGCCAUAGCUGUAUGCCAAUUUACUAAAAUAAGAGCGCUGCUUUUCCUUGAUGCAUGACUUUAUUCAGUAGCGUGAAUGAUUGGUGGAGCUUUGUGGCACCUCUAUUUUUCCUUUAUUCUUAGGAAAUCGUAGAGUUACAGUGAUGUUGAUUGAAGUAUGAAAACCACUUGGUCAGUGCGAGUGUUCCUUGCUGUUACAUGUGCAUUUUAAUGUUCUUAUGAUUUUGUUUUGGUUGCCUUGACGUCACCACUUCCCUAAUUUUAGAGCGUGGUUGGUAUGUUGUUGCUUGGUUACCAAGUCGUAUGCUCAAGCUUCCUGUCGCCUGAAGAAACUUGAGGCGUUGGGAGAAAAAUAAAGAGGCAAAACAUAACACAGAGACUCACAGAGGCACAACAGUACAGAAAAAGAAAGCACUUAACGUAUGACAAUCUCCAUAAACAAAAGACAGACUAGUGCUUUUAAAGCAUUGUACUGUCAUUCUUAUUGAAAUCAUCAGGUUGCCCUGUCUUUGUCAUUCUCCUCUGCCUCUCUCUUUCUUUCUAUCACGCUGGUUUUUAAUUACUGUCUUCAAGCAUGUAAAAGCCCAUAAAUGCCGAAUAUAAACAGAGGCCUGUGUAAUUAAAUGGCUGAUUAGUCGUAUCUAAGGGAAACCGUGAGGCAGGGGCUCAAUUCAACUGCCACAAGUUAUCAAACCCAAAUCGCAUAUGCACUUACAAACACACCCACACUAAUACUUGUAUUAAUAUGAACACACACACCCAUCCAUCUUUCAAAUACACGCAAAUACAUUUCAUUUUCAAUGGCUUUGCAGAGGUAAUUGGUGAAAAGUGUGAGCAAAGAAGGAGAAAGGGACAGAAUGAAACAGAAAGGGAAUAAAGAACACAAGGUUUUAGCGUUUUCCUCUGCCAGGCGGGCAGCAGCCGUUCGCCCGUUUUGUCUGCUUUGCGGCAGGAUAAUUACAGUCAUCAUGCCUCCAUCUCUCUGUGGAAAGGAUGCAGGGAAAAAUAGCAAUUAUAUAACAGCUUUAGAGAGGGUCAUCGGACUGCAACCCCAAGGGAUGAUUUUUGCUGUAAAAAGUAACCGCGGAGUCCAUCCCCGGUUCAUUAUCAGUCAGGGGUCAGCAUGGAGUGCGGUGAAAGCCCCCAUCUUGUGUGGGAGGACGAAUUAAGGAAAAUAAAAGGAAGAAUGACACGGUGGGGUUCUUAUUUGACCCCUUUAUCUGUGUUUUGAGAUUUCUGGGCUCAUUAUAAAUGGUGUCUUCUGUUAUUACGUGUACUUGCUGAGUGCAGACCCAUGUUUUUCUGAAUCUUUUAAAGAAACGUUUUUGUCUAAUGUACCUAGACUGAAUCUUAUUUUCUUGUGUUUCCAGCUUGGAGGCUUUCAGUACGGGGCUUCAUCAGAGAUCACAAGCGGAAAAGCAUUCGUGCUGCUAAAAAAAGCCAAGUGAUUUCCAGUCAAGUGAGCUCUUGAUUGCGAGGCGAUUUGUGUCACUUUUUUGCUCUUUCCCCUUAUACUUUAGACUUCUUGUAAGGCAUAAAGCAAGAUGACAGGGAGCAGCGUAACUAUAUCUGCACGACUCAAUCAAGGAUGGAACUGUUGAAUUUUGAAGUGUGUCAACUGGCCCUGCAUGCUUUAAAAAAUACUGGGAAUAAAAUGUGUCACCACUAGAGCGGAUGUCUCCGCUCCUCGUGAAUUAACAAAAGCUUUGAGAGGGUAUCCCAGCAUCGCCCGGCUGUCUCCCGGGGAAACGUGCCGGGUAAACAAGAGCCAAUCUCCGCGGCAGCAGCUCUGGUGUUGUGAUUGCUGGAACUGGCGCGCAGCACGGCUCAAGACAAGGAGGUCUGCUAAAAGAAAAUCAAUUCAUCAACACAGCAAUUUAAGCCAAGUGACUAAAUAGGUAAAAAUGCAAUUUGCAGGGGCUUAAAUAUAUUUGUGUUUGACGAGCUCAAGGACUGAGUGAUGGAGAGGAAAGGAAACACGCGGCGCGCCACUUCAGCCGGGUACCGUUUACCGGAUAGACCCAAUGGUCCUCUCGCCUCUCAGUCCUCGGUCUCAGUGUUCAGGCAUUCGGCGGGCAGGACACGAAACACCGGUGAGACACCGGCGCAAGACGAUGAUACCCGAGAUCCGGUAAAGCAGGACCAGGUUUGGAGAGAGUUUGUGCGCACGGAGCGAACCGGUGUGAAAGAAUGGGAGAAGAACUGGAGUUUCCUGAUGAACUUUGACCAGCUGGGUCAUCCACGUACAGAGACUCCUCUCCCCGGCUCUGUGUCUUUAUACUCAGACAGAGUCCCAAACACAAGUAACCAAAUGUUCGGCAGCGGCCUGUACACUGAGCUUGGCAAAGAGCUGAUUCACCUGGACGGCCUGCUAACUCUGACGGCAAACCACCGCAAGACCAAAAGGAAUCCAGAGAUGCAUCCCUGCUGAGGUUUUACCAGGCAAAAGGACGCGUUCAAAACGCUCUGUAGAGAUUUGUUGCCUUCUCUAGAGACCCUUCCUUUGGGUCAUUCUGUUUGUCUCGCCUUUACCUGUAUAACUAGACAAAAGUCAAGGGUGUUCAGUGGGUGACCGUUUGUUUUGUAGAUGUAUUUUUUUUUCUCUGGACAGCCCAAAUAUCAGCCAACCUGUGUAUGUAUGUGUGUAUUUUGACAGUGUGUUGAGAAAUUUUGUUUUAUAUUAGAUUUUGUGCUGCAUUAAUAUGCAUCUCUCAGAGUACUGUAAUAUGCUGGGAGGCAGUAAAGAUGACGCUGAUUGUAGAAUAUGCCGUUUGCAUAUUCAUUUUUUAGAUGAACGCAGAUACUCCUCAGUGUAUAAAUGCAAAUUAGUUACACAACUGGAUUAAAUCUCCUAGAUCAGAGAGAUUUGUUUUUUCUGUACAUAAAAGGGUUAGAUUUGUUUGUCUCUUGAGAGAAGAGGUAUUAGAUAUGACAGGUGAUUCUUCACAAUUCAGUUUACAAAUAGUCUUAGCCAAGAUAGACAUUUUAUCCAUCGAACAUUAAAAGGGUUAGAACUGUUUUGCCAAGACCUUAUACAUAUGUAAUGUUUAAAAGUAUACAUAUUUUGCCAAAUUAUAUUCCAAUAAA